AUGGCCGAUUAUCGGUCAUCUCCAUCUCCUCAAAUGCCUCACAAAAUUUUCGGCCAAAUGGCAGAAAAAUACGGUCCAAUUUUCCGAUUAAAGCUGGGAGUAAAUGAAGUAGUAAUCGUGAGUGAUCACAAAAUAGCCAAAGAAUGUUUCACCACGAAUGACAGGGCCUUUGCGAACCGGCCCAAAUCCAUAGGUUCAGAGAUAUUGGGCUACAAUUACCCCAUAUUUGGGCUUGGGCCUUAUGGGCCUUACUGGAGAGAGAUUAGAAAAAUAGUCACCACUGAAUUCCUUUCAGCUCGGCGAAUCGAAAUGCUUAAACACGUUAGAGAAUUUGAAGUAAAAUCAGCUGUUAAAGAGACUUAUGAAUAUUGGCUGAAAAAUAAUUUAAAUGGUGCUGUGAAGAUAGAGAUGAAGGAAUGGUUUGGGAAUUUAAUUAUGAAUACUAUGGUCAAGUUGCUAUUUGGAGUACAAUACACAGGUAAUGAAGAUGAAGAAAGGAGUAAAGCUUACAAAGCAAUUCGGAGACUUUUUGAAUUGUUGGGGGCUUUUGUUGUGGCUGCUUUUUUACCUUAUCUAAGAUGGUUGGAUAUUGGAGGACAUGAGAAGAUCAUGAAAGCGACUGCUAAAGAAAUUGACUUUAUUGUUGAAGAUUGGUUAGCUGAGCAUAGAAGAAAGACGAAAUUAAGGGGAAAUAAUUGUGGGGAUGAAGAAGAUUUCAUGGAUGUCAUGUAG